UGGGGCAGUGACGUCAAGGGGAACAUUUCCGGUCGGGGAAGCCUUCGCUCCUGGCAAGAUGGCGGCCCUUCUCUGGAGGCUCGCGGGCCGGCGCGGUCUCUGUGUUCGUCUCGGCCCGGGACUCUCCAUGCGACGGGCGGUCCCCAUGGCCACGACAGCCAAGGAGGAGAUGGCCCAGUUCUGGGACAAAAACGCCCGGUCAAGCCGGCCCCUCUCCCCUCAUAUCAGCAUCUACAGCUGGUCUCUGCCUAUGAUGAUGUCCAUCUCCCACCGUGGCACCGGCGUGGCCAUGAGCUUAGGGGUGUCGCUCUUCGGCUUGAGCGCGCUGGUUCUCCCGGGACACUUUGCCGACUACCUGGAGCUGGUCAAGUCUCUCAGCCUGGCUCCGGCGCUCAUCUACUCGGCGAAGUUCGCCUUGGCGUUCCCCUUGACCUACCACACCUGGAACGGGGUCAGGCACCUGGCAUGGGACGUGGGCAAAGGCUUCAAGAUCCCCCAGGUCUACCAGUCCGGAGUUCUGGUCCUCAUCCUGACCGUCCUGUCCUCUUUGGGAAUCGCGGCCAUGUGAACCCCCGAAUAGUUUGGCGAACCGAGGCCUGGUGGAGAACUCUGCCAUCCGGCUAGAGAGACAGUGGGGGGUGGGUGGGUGGGUCGGGUCGGGCA